UCAAACACCCUUCUGUUUACUUAUUCAUCAUUUUCUUUAUUUCUGCUUUAGAGUUUAUUCACAAAAUAUGGGUCAUGACUGCCAUGGGAUUGAGAACAAGAAAUCAGUUGCUGUAGUUGGCCUGAAGAUCCUAAUUAAUCAUAAGCUUUCUCAGGCCAAAGCAAAUCCUAAUAAUGUUUCAAGAUUCACUAGAGUCAAACCCAUCUUCCACACGAAUUAUACUGAAUCUAGCAGCAGUGAACAAAAUUCUUGCUUCCUCAAAUAUUGUUGCCUUUGCAACAAGACUCUGAGGCUUGACAAACAAGUUUACAUGUAUAAGGGUGAUAUGGGUUUCUGCAGUUUAGAGUGUAGGCACAGGCAGAUUUAUUUGGAUGAAAUUAAAGAAAUUGAGAAUUGUACUAAGAAAAUGUUGCGAUCUUUUCGCCAAUGUGGAGACGGUGGUCGGUGCAGUGAGACUUCGACAUUAUUGGAGGAGUACCAUCAGCGGCGCAACCCCUUGUCAUAUUCCAAGAAUCGAACUAUAUUCACAUUCUCAUAAUUCAUUCCUUUUUCCCUCUAUUCCAAAAUUCUUUUAUUGGUUCCAGUCGAACCAUUCGGUAUUCGAAAUCGUAAAUUUGCAUCGACUAAUUCAGAUAAGCAUUGCAUAUGUCUAAUAAGGGAAAAAACCGCUUGAGGUUGUUCCUGCAAUAAUUCAAGGACCCAUCAGCAGAAAUAUCUCUGAGGAGUAGGCUUUCUUCCGUGAAAGAUCCCGGUCUAUUUCACCACUCUUAAGUGAUUUUAUUCUCAAAAUUGACGUGAUGAAUAUAUAUUCUAAGUGUAUAGUUGAAGUGAUACAUAGGAAAUAUACGAAGUGACAACAUGAGCUGUCGAAGAUGUUGAUGUGGGUGCAUCCGUCCAUGAAAGUCUCCUACGUGACAAUAAUUGAUGACGAGGAUGAUUUUAACCCACACUACUUCUCUUUAUCCAUUUUUGUAUUUUCGAACUUUAUGUAGAUUUCAGAAAUAAGUAAAACUCGUAGUAGUAUAUAUUUCAAGCAUUCUCUUUUGAGCUAAUUAUGUUUAUCGAAUACUGUUGUUCCUGUCCAAUUGUUGUCAAUUCGCACUAGUUGCUUUAUUAA